UAUUAAAACAUCUUUGUAUUUCUUUCUGUCUCUUCUUUACUUUCUCUCUGCAUCUUGUAAGUUUGGUUUAUGCUUCUAUGCUUCUUUCUUCUUGUUCUUGUUUACUUGCAUAUCACAAACGAGUGGAAGAAAUAGCAUGUCAACCUAUCUUUGUAUUUCUUUAUUUGAUACCUCAAAAAUAUGCUGCAAAGCCCAUGUGAACCUAUCUAUAUAUGCAUGAAACAUGGCAUCCUCAUCCAACGAUGAUGAACGGAAUUUAGAAAACAGGUUUGAAGAUUAUUUCGAAGAACAAAUCGAAGAAAUGUACAACACCAUGAUGGACAAUCAACCACCAGUACCGAGGAGACGAGCAUACAUAGAAAGAAACCGCGAGGAUGGGCACAACCGUUUAUGGAAUGACUAUUUCAGUGCGGAGCCGACUUAUCCACCUGAGUAUUUUAGGCGCCGUUUCCGAAUGAACCGGUCAUUAUUCACGGGGAUUGUUAAUCGCUUCUCCAAUGAAGUUCCUUAUUUUCAGCAUAGAAGAGAUGCAGUAGGACGGUUCGGGCUAACUCCACUACAAAAGUGUACUGCGGCAAUUCAUAUGUUAGCCUAUGGUUGUGCGGGUGACAUGGUGGACGAAUAUCUCCGCAUGGGUGAGUCCACUGCCUUAUUGUGUUUGGAAAAAUUUACUCAAGGAAUCAUUGAUUUAUAUGGAGAGAAGUAUCUACGAAAACCCACACCUGAAGAUCUUCAACGACUACUUGAUAUCGGAGAGGUACGCGGUUUCCCGGGGAUGAUAGGAAGCAUUGACUGUAUGCAUUGGGAGUGGAAAAAUUGUCCACACUCUUGGAAAGGUCUAUAUACACGUGGUGCAGGAAAGCCAACUAUUGUUCUAGAGGCGGUAGCUUCACAAGACCUUUGGAUAUGGCACGCGUUUUUUGGACCACCAGGUACCUUAAACGAUAUUAACGUCCUUGAUCGGUCUCCGGUUUUUGAUGACAUAAUCUAUGGUCGAGCUCCAAGACUUAAGUUCACCGUCAACGGUCACACCUACCAUAGGGCCUACUACCUCACCGACGGUAUAUAUCCAAAGUGGCCUACCUUUAUCCAAUCCAUCUCUCUUCCUCAAGGUCCUGAGGCGAAGUUAUUUGCCGAACGUCAAGAAAGCGCCAGAAAAGAUGUCGAGCGUGCAUUUGGAGUCUUGCAAGCUCGUUUUGCAAUUGUUAGAAACCCGGCGCUUCUUUGGGACAAGGAGAAAAUCAGCAACAUUAUCAGAGCAUGUAUCAUACUACACAAUAUGAUAGUAGAAGACGAACGAGAUGGAUACACUUAUGAAUACGAUACAAAUAUGUGGUUAGAAGGAGAAAUAAGCAGAAGUUCAGAGGUGGAUUUAUCGUUCUCUACCGACAUGCCUACGAAUCUCGGUAAUAUAAUUCCCACUCGGGAGGAUCUUCGCGACCAAAGCAUACAUGAACGUUUGAAGACCGAUUUAAUUGCAAAUAUAUUUGCAAAAUUUGGAAACCAAUAAUCCUAAUAAGUGUAUGAUCCUAAUUAUUGUAUGUUUGAUAUUUGUUUUUUCAAUAAUCAUAAUUUUAUUUUUCAUAAUUUAUAAUAUUAUUUUAUUCCAA